CGUCGCAUUCGGCUUCUGUUUCUCUCUUUCUCUCUCUCCGUUUCUUCAUUAACUUUGUGUGGUCCUCUCUUCGAGAAGUUCCUCUUCUCAGUCUUUCGUUCGGAUUUCGAAUCUUCUGACGAUACACCAAACCCGAUACAAUGCGUCACACCACUUUCAAAUCGGCGGCCCUGUCGCUGGCCGUCGCCGGUAUGGCCUCGGCGCAGACCUGGUCUCUGUGCAACCCCGUCGAGGGCGACGACUGCAAACCCAACCCUGCCUUCGGUGGCGCCGCCAAGUACGACUUCACCACGGCCACCAAGCUCGACGACCUCAACUCCUUCUUCACCGUCGACCCCGGUGUCGUCUACAACGACAAGCAGAUGUCCUUCGACGGCGGCGCUGGAGCCUCCAUGAUCAUCUUUGAGGAGAGCAACGCCCCGACCCUCACCUCCAAGGAGUACCUCUUCUUCGGCAAGGUCGAGUGUGUCCUCCGCGCCUCGCCCGGCCAGGGCAUCAUCACCAGCAUUGUCCUCCAGUCCGACGCUCUCGACGAGAUUGACUGGGAGUUCAUCGGUGGCGACCACACCCACGUCCAGACCAACUACUUCCACCUCGGCAAGAAGGACUACACCUACGGCCGCAAGCACGAGCUGCCCUUCAACGCCAUGGACGAGUUCCAUGCCUACACCAUCGAGUGGACGCAGGACGCCAUUACCUUCUCCAUCGACGGCAACGUUGUCCGCACCGCCACGCCCGCCGAGGGUUCCUACCCCCAGACCCCCAUGCAGCUCAAGCUCGGAACCUGGGUUGGCGGCAAGGGUGGCAAGGAGCAGCAGGGCACCAUCGACUGGGCUGGCGGUCUCGCUCAGUGGGACCAGGCUCCUUUCGCCGCUCACUACCAGAAGGUCACCAUCCAGGACUACGCCGGCGGCAAGAAGGCGGCUCGCGAGUACGUCUACACCAAGGGUCAGGGCAGCUGGGAGAGCAUCAGGGUUGUUGGCGGCAAGGAGAGCGACGCCGGCAAGUUCAAGGACACCACCGAGGACCCCGUCAAGUCCGAGACCUCCAUUCUCCCCUCGGCCACUUCCAAGCUUCCCUCAUCUGCCGCUGCCUCUGCUUCCGCCUCUAUCAGCGCCGUCGUCUCCUCCAUCGAGGACGUUCUGAGCUCCAUCGUCAAGACCAGCACCAUCUCAUCGGCUCCCGUGAGCUCCUCGCUGCCCGCCAACACGACGACCAUCAGGACGACCAGGACCACCAGCUCCGCCGCGACUACUCUUACUAGCGCCGAGGCCACCACCACCACCGGAGCGGCCGCUGCCCAGAGCUCCGCCGCGUCUGUUGAUGAGAGCGCUGCCACCCACAUGCAGGCCAGCGCCCUUGUUCUGACCCUGGCCGCCGUUGCCGGUGUCUUCCUCUGGUAGACGACGCCAGUCAACGACCAAGACUACCUUUACCAUUCUUUGAAAAAAUACCCAACGCAGAGAGAAGAGAUUUACGACCAAGGACGAAAUGGAGAGUUUGCUCGCCAGGAAAUCAGGUGGCGGCUGCUGGAUUGAGCCCCGCCACGCGAACACCACGCAUAAUACCAGACUACCAUUUCAUUUGUUUUGGCCGGUUUCGAGAAUUGGAAAUGGACGGCACUGUUUUGUUUAGCCUGUUCUUGAUUGCAUAUCACGGUGCGCUCGGGAGAGCAGGGUGGUUGGUUGUCCGUGGAGGAGGAGGAGGGGUCAAAUCGACCGGGCUCAUUUUCAGUUUUGCCAGACUGUUCCAUGUUUUUUUGUUCAGAGGGGUUAUUGUGUUUCUCCCCCCUGGCAGGCUUGUAUGAUAAUCGUGUCAUAUUGAUAGAUUAGAGUGCAUUCACCCCUUUUUCUUUUUCCUUCCG